GAGUCCUUCCAACUCCGUGAUGUCACAGACGAUGUCAAGGAGAUUGUGAAAUGUGUGAAAGAGCUGACCGUCAAUGGAAGACGGGGAAACGACUACACCCUUAUCUACUUUGUGGAUAUACUUGGAGGAGCUAAAACUGGGAAAAUUUCCGAUGCCGGACAUGAUCGAAUACCCCUUCAUGGUCGUGGUAAAAAUUACAGCAGGGCUGAUGCUGAAAGACUGCUGAGAAAAUUAGUUAUUGACGACAUUUUACACAAGGAUCUAAAAAUUACUGCGGCAGACACCACAGCUUGUUAUAUCAGACUCGGACCUAAAGCCAAUGACGUGAUGAUGGGAAAGCGCAAGGUAGAGUUACAGGAACAGGGCAGUAGGAAGAGAACUGAAGUGGCUAAGAUUGGUAAAGAACCCGUCAGUAAACGCGAGAACGUGAUCGAAGAAUGUCUCAACGAACUGCUAGAAAUGGCAAAGACAAUCCCUGCUGAGCAUGGCCUACGUAACUACGCAACUGUAUUCCCGAUUUAAACUCUGCGACAGUUGGCAGAAAAGACUCCACUAACUGUAGACGAGAUGACUGCAAGUAUCUGUGGUUUACCAAAAGCCAAAGUGAACAAAUAUGGUGCUGAGAGAUACC